AUGCCGCCCGCCGAUGGCGAUGCGGCCUCUGCGCCGGCUGGGAACAACUCCAGCGACUUCGUGCGCAAGCUCUACAAGAUGCUCGAGGACCCAUCGUACAACUCAGUCGUACGGUGGAACUCCGACGGUGACAGUUUUGUGGUAUUAGAGAACGAAAAAUUUACCAAGACGAUUUUGCCGAAACACUUCAAGCACAGUAACUUCGCCAGUUUCGUUCGCCAGUUAAACAAAUACGAUUUUCACAAAGUCAGACACAACGAGGAGAGCGGCGAGUCUCCGUACGGGCGAGAUGCAUGGGAAUUUCGACAUCCCGAAUUUCGGGCAGACAGGAAGGAUAACCUAGACAACAUCCGAAGGAAAGCCCCGGCCCCUAGGAAGCCCGUGCCUGCUGAAGAGUCGGCGUUCCCAGCAACACAACAACUUGUUGUGCUGAGCGAAUCGCUCACGGCGACACAGCAUCAGAUCCUGGCGUUACAAGAGCAAUACUAUGAACUCGACAAGACAAACAGGUUGCUUGUUAGUGAGGUCUUGAGUUUGCAAAAAAUGGUUCGCGCGCAGAGCCAAGCUUCCAACGAGCUAAUCACCCACCUCAACAACAUGGAGGACCGCCGCCGCAACAGCCGCCAUUCUGCCCAUUCGAACCACUCGGCGCAGGCGAGCCAGAACUUCCAUGCCGGUACCAUGGGCUUUUUACCCGACGGGACGGACGAGCCAGCACCCGAGUUGCGCCGGGCGAGGGAGAUCCUCAACGGCGUGUCUCCAGACGUCCAGGCCGACAGGGAGCUUGAAAAGCUGUCCAUGGCCCAAACGCAAAACCAAAACGGCUCGCCGGCCGACUCGGCAGGAUCUUCCGUGAUGUUUGCCCACCCGGCGAGCAUGGGCAUUCCCCUCGUCCAUGACCCCCUUAACGAUUCUAGGCAUAUGGUUUACCCGGUGGGUCAGACAACGGGCAUCGAUCCUUUCCAUGCCGAUCACAUCAACAACAUCCCCUACCAGCGGCCCCAAGGCCACCCCAACAAUCCGCAGGCCGACGCUACGGCCCAGGUGGCCGCACCGACUAAGGAACAGGCUGGUUCCAUGUGGCGUGCCAAGAAGCCGCAUGUUCUUCUGGUUGAGGACGACAGGACGUGCAUGAAGAUUGGACAGAAAUUUUUGAACAACCUAGACUGCAAUGUCGAUACUGCCAGUGAUGGUUUGGAAGCUGUCGAAAAAGUCAACCGUGAAGCUGAUCGUUACGACCUUAUCGUUAUGGAUAUCAUCAUGCCGAACCUAGACGGUGUCUCCGCGACUGCCAUGAUCCGAGUGGUGAGCCCGCACGUGCCCAUCGUGGCCAUGACCUCCAACAUUCGACAAGAAGAUAUACAGACCUACUUUGGGUUCGGAAUGAACGAUGUACUUGCCAAGCCCUUCACGCGUGACGGGAUGGUUCGUAUCCUCCGCAAACACCUUACCCGCAUGCUGAAGGAUCCGCAAGGAUCCGGCCCCAUAGGCGGCAACGAUGAACUGGGCCAAACAAUCGCCGGCGGCCAACCACCCAACCAGGUUGGGUACGGCCCCGCGACCAUAGCCAACGUCCCGCAGGUCAAAUUCGAGCACACGCCCAUUCAAUCCCCUUCGACUGCUUCGUCAUGGCACUCGCCUAGCCAAAUGCACCAAACCUCCCCCAAUCUCGACGGUAGCGGUGGGGGCUACAUGAAUGCGGUUGGAGGUGGUGCUGGAACUAGCAUGGUCCUCACACCGGGUGGCUCACAGCGGCCCGGCGGCCCCCAUCAACAACACCCCCACCAUCCACACCAGCAGCAGCAGCAAGGCGGGUAUGGGUAUAUGGCCGCGCAAGUCGCCGGGGCGCAAGCUGCGCAAGCUCAAGCCCAAGCCCAGGCGCAAGCGCAAGCUCAGGCCCAGGCGAUGCGGGGGAUGGUUGGAGACGGCGCACACCUCGCUGGCAUGCAAGGUAGUGGAGGUGGAGGCGGUGGUGAUGAUCGGCCUGAGAAGCGACAGAGGUUGUAUGGGCCCGUACCGGGACAGGGAGGUGGGGGUUAUGUUCAAUAA